AUGCGUCGCGCUCCGCCGCCAGCGCUGCUGCUGCUGCUGCUUGUGUUGCUGCUGGCGUCCGUGGCCCGCGCGCUCGUGAUCGAGAGUCCGAGCUGCCGGUUAAUGACGCAUGUCUCCGGCGAGUUCACCAACCUGACGCUGCUCGAGACCGGCGGACUGCAGAACUACGAGGUCGUGCCAGUGUCGCCGUUCACGGCCUGCGAGCCGCUGCGCGGCCAGGACCUGACGGGCAAAGUGGCGCUCGUGCUGCGCGGCGACUGCAACUUUGUGCAGAAAGUGUGGCACGCCCAGCGCGCCCACGCGGCCGCGGUCGUGGUGAUGGACAACGAGCUGCGGCACGAGUAG